AUGUGGACACCAAGAAGUUAUGGCGAAAGGAGAGAAGGAACAAAUGGGUUGGUGGCAGUGGCCAUAGACAAGGACAAAAACAGCCAAAAUGCCCUUAAAUGGGCAGUUGAUCAUCUCUUGCAAAAAGGCCAAACCGUCAUUCUCAUCCAUGUGAAACCCAAGACAUUCUCUCCCUUUGCCUCGCCUCUCCCUACUCCUCGAUUGAACCAAUUUUCUGAUAUCAAUGCUGAUUUACCGUUGGUAUGUAAAGAUCCUGAUCCUCAGACCAGGGACCUUUUCCUUCCUUUCCGUUGCUUUUGUACGCGUAAAGAUAUAUGCUGCAAAGAUAUUGUUCUAGAAGAGACAGAUGUAGCAAAAGCAUUGAUUGAAUAUGUCACUCAGGCUGCCAUCGAGGUUUUAGUAGUCGGUGCUUCGGCAAAAACAGGCUUUCUUAGAUUUAAAGCAACAGAUAUUCCUGGAAUGGUAUCAAAAAAUGCACCAGACUUUUGUAGCGUGUAUGUCAUAUCCAAAAGCAAAAUUUCAUCCAUGCGAUCAGCGUCCCGUCCAGCACCAGCAAUCUCCCCAUUGCGUACUCAGCUUCUUAACCAAUCCAGCUCAAAACCAACUCCUCCUGAGUUUCAUAUCCCACCAGCUAAUAGUUUGAGAGUUGAAAAACAGCGACUUGAACCGCCGCGUAAAUCUACCGAUUCCAUGGAAUCCUUCAGGUCACCUUUUAGCAGGAGAGGCCUAAACGGGAAAUCAUAUCCGGAUCUCCCAAUGCCAGAUACAGACAUAUCCUUUGUCAGCUCUGGCAGGCCGAGCAUUGACCGUAUAUUUCCCGCAUUCUACGAUAGCCAAGAUAUAAGCCGCACUGCUCCAAGGCUGUCCAACGUUUCAGAAAUUGAAAGUAAUCUUAGCUUCGAGUCAAUGCAGUUUGGACGAAAAUCGUUGGAGAUUAGCUCUCCACCUGAUUUCUCAUCAUUUUCUCAGGACAGUGACAAAAUGUCAAACUCACCUACGUCAGUGGAUGAUGUGGAAGCUGAAAUGAGAAGGCUAAAGCUGGAGCUCAAGCAAACUAUGGAAAUGUACAGUACAGCCUGCAAAGAAGCACUCACGGCAAAGCAGAAGGCAAGAGAACUCCAGCUGUGGAAAAUGGAAGAGGAGCGGAAAUUGGAAGAGGCACGACUUGCCGAGGAAGUUGCAUUAGCAAUAGCAGAAAAGGAGAAAGCUAGGUCAAAAGCAGCAAUUGAGGCAGCUCAAGCAGCUCAGAGAAUUGCAGAAAUUGAAGCACAAAAAAGAGUUAACGCGGAAAUGAAAGCGCUCAAGGAAUCAGAGGAGAAGAGAAAGGCACUUGAUGCACUAGCAAAUUCAGAUUUCAGGUACAGGAAGUACACAAUAGAGGAAAUUGAAGCUGCCACUCAAUUCUUUUCACAGAGUCUCAAGAUUGGAGAAGGGGGCUAUGGGCCUGUGUAUAAAGCCCGUCUAGACCAUACUCCCGUUGCAAUUAAGGUUUUGCGUCCUGAUGCAGCUCAAGGAAGGUCACAGUUUCAACAAGAGGUGGAGGUGUUAAGCUGCAUACGACAUCCCAACAUGGUCCUCCUCUUGGGAGCCUGCCCAGAGUAUGGAUGCCUAGUGUACGAGUUCAUGUCUAAUGGGAGCUUAGAGGACCGUCUCUUCAGGAGAGGAAACACUCCACCUCUCUCUUGGCAGCUUAGGUUCAGAAUUGCAGCCGAAAUUGGAACAGCCUUGUUGUUCCUCCACCAGACAAAACCCGAACCCAUAGUCCAUCGUGACUUGAAACCAGCCAAUAUCUUACUUGACCGCAACUUUGUGAGCAAGAUUAGUGAUGUUGGGUUGGCCAGACUAGUUCCUCCAUCCGUGGCUGACAAUGUAACGCAGUAUCGGAUGACUUCCACGGCAGGAACUUUCUGCUACAUAGAUCCAGAGUACCAGCAGACAGGCAUGCUAGGAAUAAAGUCAGACAUAUACUCUUUUGGAAUCAUGCUUCUACAAAUAAUAACAGCAAAACCACCAAUGGGAUUGACUCACCACGUGGAACGUGCUAUUGAGAAGGGGACUUUCACUCAAAUGCUGGACCCAGCUAUUCUUGAUUGGCCUGUUCAAGAGGCCAUGAGCUUUGCAAAAAUUGCACUCAAGUGUUCAGAGCUAAGGCGGAAAGAUAGACCUGAUCUCGGCAAAGUUGUGUUGCCAGAACUGAACAGAUUGAGAGCACUUGCGGAAGAAACCAUGCACCCUACUUUGCAGACUGACAGUCCAGAACACUCCCCUAACUAUAGCCUAGUUUCGCUACAACUAGACCAUACCUGUUCUGCACUGUCCGAUAAUUACUCAAGAUGUCCUUCCAACGAGACUUUCUGA